AUGGCCGUGGACCCGCCUUCCCGUGCGGCGUUCGUCGCCGGGGCCGUCGCGCUUGCCCACGAUAGCGGCUUCCAUGGGCUCGACAUCGCGUGCCAGUUCCCAGCAUGCGCCGUGGACAUAGCCAACUUCGCCUUCCUCAUCUCUGAGUGGGCCGCCACACCGCGCUGCCGAGUUCCUGCUCAGCGCUAUGCCGCUAUGCACGCACGGUUUACAUAUCUACCAUCCUAA